AUGUGCUCAGCUCAGCUUUUUUUCUCAGUCGCUGCAAUGCUGACAAGCUUCAGUCAUCAUUGCACGAUGGCGAAAGGACGACACAACAAUGGCAGCAAGAAGGCUACUGACAACGAGCUUGACAAUGAAGGCGAGAUCGUACCUGACCUACAUGUGAAGACCAAGGCUGGUCGCAGGAAGCCUGCCUCAGGAUCUGCGACGGCAAAUGUUGACGGUCCUUUCAAGGAUCUCUUGGACCUGCAAAACAAUGAUGACCAGGAGGAGGACCUGGGUGCGGAUGCGGCCGAAGGUGACGACGACGCCCCUGAGAAGGCUGCGGACGAGACUGCGGAGGACGGUGAUCUCGAGGAGGCUUCUGCUGAGGACAAUGAGCAAGAUGCGGAAGACUCCCUGUCGGCCAUGGCUCCUGAUGACGACGAGGAUGGCUACCUGAGCGACGACUCCGACGAGCACCUGGAACCUGACUCGCUCAGCAGUGUUAUCGCUAUUAAAGUCGAUGUGCGAGAAGGCAUAGGGGAACCGGUUCGAGCAGGCUGCCGCCCAUAUCGCAUCUGCCACAAGGGGGGGCUGCGCAAGGACGGCACUGCAACGCGUGCCAGCGUGUACUCUCAGAAGAUGACUGCCUUCGAAAAGGGGUUUGUCGUAAAGCCGGCGACGAAGUAA